AUGCACUUCAAACGUCUUGUCCGUGCAAUUACGUUUCUUUUAAUUUCUGUAACAGUCCUUGGAUUCUCGCCAACCUCAAGCGACAAUCGGCAACUGGCACCCUUGAAAAAAGCCACCACCGCUACCCCCAGCUUGCUCAGUGUCGAGUAUUUUGAAGACGGACCAGUUGAUGGCGAGCCAGUGAUUCUAGUCCACGGCUUUCCAUACUCGAUAGAUGCGUUUGCUUCUGUGGCCCCAGCCUUAGUGAGCCAAGGCUACCGAGUCAUCAUUCCAUCCCUGCGUGGCUACGGCGGGACCAGAUUCCUACAUCAGGACACCCCUCGAAGUGCGGAGCAAGCAGCAUUGGGAUAUGAUCUUAUCGCGUUGAUGGAUGCCCUUAAAAUUGACCAAGCUAUUUGCGCUGGUUAUGACUGGGGCAGCGUUGUUGUGAAUGUUGCGGCGGCCUUGUGGCCAGAGAGGUGCACUCGCAUGGUCGCUGCCAACAGCUACCUCAUUCAGAACCGAAGCACCGCCUGGAUCCCAACAGACCCAAAUGCCGAAGCGACUCGCUGGUAUUAUUAUGCUUUCCUUACGCCGCGAGGCGCUGCGGGCUUAGCUGAACGACCUAAGGAUUGGACGCGAACUCUCUGGGAGAAAAAUUCAGUCGGAUGGAAUUUCACCGAGGAUUAUCUCGACCUCACCACCAGGGCGCUAUUGAACCCCGACUUUGUCGACAUCACAGUUAACUUUUACCGAAAUCGUCUUCUCUAUGCUCCGGGAGACCCUGCUUUUGCCGAGCUUGCGAAUAAGUUAGACAGCCAGCCACCCAUUACAGUUCCCUCAGUCACACUUGAUCCGGAAGAUAGUGUUGUUCUGGCACCAGCGAACGCCACUGCUUCUGCAAAGUUCUUCAAGGGACCGCGGUGUCAUUAUCGACUUCCGAAUGUCGGCGAGAAUAUUCCCUAUCAAGCACCUGAAAUAUUUGUGAACGCAGUCCUGCAAGUUUCCAAGCUGAGUGGGGCAAAUGUGACAUGUUCUCCAAUUUCCUAA